CCCGCCCGCGGGGCACCCGGCCCGCCCCGCUGCCAGCCCAGCCCAGCCCAGCCCAGCCGAGGGGGCCUCCUUUUGUUCACCCAGUGCCUCUCCGCCUCCUCCCCCCGCUCCCUCCGCUCCUCCAUGGGCUGCGGCGGUGCCAGCCGCCCGCUCCUGCCGAAGAAACGCUCGGGCCGCCGGGGUCAGGCCGGAGCAGCUGCCGGGACCGCGGGGGAGGCGGCGGCGCCCGGCCGCGCUGGAGCCUUUUUAAAACACUGGGGUUAUUGGAGUGGUCGAAUUUUUCCUGGAUUUGAGUGAGAAAUUCAGAAGACUGAAGCCCAGGCUCACUGUCUACCUUUCACGGAGGCCCAGCCGUGAGAGGACAGAAGAAGGCACGUGGCGAAUCAUGACAGCUGACAAAGAAAAAGACAAAGACAAAGAGAAGGACAGAGACAGAGACCGGGACAAGGAGCGAGACAAAAGAGACAAAGCGAGAGAGAGCGAGAACUCGCGUCCUCGUCGGAGCUGUACUUUGGAAGGAGGCGCCAAGAAUUAUGCCGAGAGCGACCACAGUGAAGACGAGGACAACGAUAACAACAGCGCUACCACAGAGGAGUCUACAAAGAAAAAUAAAAAGAAACCACCGAAGAAGAAAUCUCGCUACGAGAGAACGGACAACGGUGAGAUAACGUCCUUCAUCACAGAGGAUGAUGUUGUGUACAGGCCUGGAGAUUGCGUGUAUAUUGAAAGUCGCCGGCCGAACACCCCAUACUUCAUCUGCAGCAUUCAAGACUUCAAACUGAGUAAACGGGACCAUCUGCUUAUGAAUGUCAAAUGGUACUAUCGCCAGUCUGAAGUCCCAGAUUCAGUCUAUCAGCAUUUGGUUCAGGACCGACACAAUGAGAAUGACUCUGGACGAGAGCUUGUUAUCACAGACCCAGUGAUCAAGAAUCGAGAGCUCUUCAUUUCAGAUUACGUUGACACGUACCAUGCUGCUGCCCUGAGAGGGAAGUGUAACAUCUCCCAUUUUUCUGACAUAUUUGCUGCUAGAGAGUUUAAAGCCCGAGUGGAUUCAUUUUUCUACAUAUUGGGCUACAAUCCAGAGACGAGAUUUCUUCACUACCUUUCCUGUGGUGGUGAUGAUGGACUGCCAUUUUGGGACAAGCAGCACUCCUGGAGGCUGAACAGCACCCAGGGGGAAAUCAGAGUUGGACCCAGCCAUCAGGCUAAGCUUCCAGAUUUGCAGCCAUUUCCUUCCCCGGAUGGCGGCACAGUAACACAACAUGAAGAACUUGUGUGGAUGCCGGGGGUCAAUGACUGUGACUUGCUCAUGUACCUCAGGGCAGCAAGGAGCAUGGCAGCUUUUGCAGGGAUGUGUGAUGGAGGAUCCACAGAAGAUGGCUGUGUUGCAGCAUCUCGUGAUGACACUACACUCAAUGCACUCAAUACACUACAUGAAAGUAACUACGAUGCCGGAAAAGCCCUGCAGCGCUUGGUGAAGAAGCCUGUGCCCAAACUGAUCGAGAAGUGUUGGACUGAAGACGAAGUGAAACGCUUCAUUAAGGGGCUGAGACAGUACGGAAAGAACUUCUUCAGAAUCCGAAAGGAGCUACUUCCCAAUAAGGAGACUGAGACGAAUCUUGCCAAAGCUGAGUCUCUUUUCAUUACCCGAAUUGCAGCAGUUGGAGGGAAUUGGAGAAAUAAAUCCUGCCAACCAAAGAACCCCACCAAAGACUGAAAACAAACCUCUGCUCCCUUGACACUUAUGCUUUCCCCCGAACGGUGGAGAGUGAUAAACCCCACCAGGCUUUUGUUUUCUACCCCGCGCAUCUUCCCCACCUUUGGUGUUAGAACAGACUGCCUAAAAGUCAGCUCUGAAUCUGGAUCAGAAGGGGAAACAAAUCACCACCAGCCAGUUUACUGCUUGGCUUCACUCCUCUUUCCUUCCAUCGCGUACUUGAAGGUGCUGACCUGACACAACAUGCUCUUUUCAUGCCGUGAAGUCAGGUUUUCCCAUGUCCCUUAUAGAGGCUUGUAUUGUCAUGCGUGGCUCUGUUUUCAGACUCCCAGAUGGGCAGCACAGACGAGCAGCGUUGUACAGGCUAGAGAAUAAUAGGGCAUCCCGAAUUCGGGGCGCUGGAGAAGAAAAUGUACUAGGAAUAUUUGCAGAGAGUGCUCAUCCCAGAGACAGCAUUGUCAAAACAGUAGCACAGAUGGAACAGCUACAAGUUAUUUUUUUUUAAUGGUCAAUUCAUCUGUCUGACAGGUGAAUGCUGUCACCUCAGCAUCUCAACCUUCGACUGUUUGAGCACAGGUUUUUCCCCACUCUUGGUGUUUGUGAUAAAUACUGUGUCCUCCUUGUUCCUCAGCCCUAGGUGAAGGAGAAAAGAAAGAUAGCGUCAAGUUUUUAAGAGCCUAGAAAUGUGCUAAACUCAUCUGUUGCAGGGGGAGGAGGAGUGAGGCGGGGGUAGCACUGGAGCCUUAUUCAAGUAUUACGACUUUUAUCGUCAUUUGUGUACCAAACGGGCUGUGCUGCAGUGUUUCUUUCUGUUAACGUGCCUUGCUCUUUGGCUUUGAUAGCUGAACUUGCCUGAUUUCCUUGUGAUUCAUAUGACAUGAAGGGCACGCUUCCUGCUCAAAGUUUCCUUUGAUUAUGUUAAACUAAUAGAGCUGCAAUGUUUAAUGGUUUAUGGUUCUGGAAGACCAGAACUUACUGAAACACACAUUCUUUCUGUGUUGGGACCCGGGUCUGACCUGUGGAGCUUCAUCGCGUGUCGUGUCGGUGAUUAAAUAAACGUGUGCAGUGCACCUUACCCAACUUAGCUGGGGAAGAGGCAUCUUUUGUACUUUCCACUGAUCAGUCAGAUCCAACACACAGAAUAACUCUGUGGGUUGCAUUUCUGGACUUUCACCUUGGUGCGAUGAAGUGAUAUGGACAAAAGGCCUUCCACUUUCAGUGUUGUGUUAAAGUUUUAUUGAUUUAACAGUUCCAGCGUAUGUUGUUAUUCUGUGGCAUUUGAUGCGAUAGGGUUUUUUUUUGUUGCCCAGUUUUGGAAGUGCAUUCUUUUGUUGGAAAGAUAAGAGCAUUUUUCUGCUCUGCAUGGGUACAAAGGAUUGGGUUGCUCUGUUUGCAUGGUUUUGAAGGUGAAGAUCUGUAUUUUGGUUUAUAGAAAAAUCUGUGCUUCUCCUAUAUGUAAACUUUUCCUCUAAGAAAAACCCAUGCAAAACUUCUGCCACUUGAAUGCCAUGAAUUUCUGUGGUGUUCCACCAGCAGAGAAAUUCACUCUUCGUACCGUAUGCGAUAUAGCUUAAAAAAAAGAAAAGAUCUGAUUCUUAGGGAGUGUUGUAUGCGGCAGCUCUGUGCCAGUUGUAAUUGCGGGUUGUGAGCUGGCAGUUACUGCGGUUAAGGCAGCGAGAAGGCUUUGAUAUCUCAGGCCUCAAUUGUGCAGGGACGCUUAGGAAUGCAUUUAAGUGUGUUAAUUGUUCCACUGGAGACCGUGAAGGCCAUGAUACUGCUUGCUUACAUCAGAUUGGUGUAAUGGCAAGGCUUUACUGAAAACUGCCCUGAAACCUUCCCCUUGACCCAUCCCUCUUUUAUAAUAGAAAGAGUACUAUAAGCUUCUGCUUUGGAUGCCAGCUCAUGAGUCAUGCCCAUCUAAAUAACUAUGCUGGCAUGUAGGAAUUGCACAUCUGAAGGUCCUGACUGCUUUACUAAUUGGUUAAACUUAGCAUCUGUCUGAAUAAAUUGAAGCUAGAUUUCAUUGCAUGCCUAAGUUUCUAGAUCUUUCCCUUUUCUAAACUAGUGUUUGGAUUUUAUUUAUUUGUUUCGAGUAACUGAAGCCGUAGUUUUGACCUUUUCAAGUAAACUUGCACAGAAAAGCAAUGAGAGAGAUUUAAAAUUAGGUUUCAUUAUGCUGCUUAUUUUGUGAGUUGUCCCCUUUUUCCACCAUAGGAUGACAGAGUCUGUAUGAUGGAGAUAAGCAGGCUUUCCUGGAGUACUGUUUAGUGUUAGUUUUGCUGUUUCUAUAAAAGGCAGAUUGAAAUGGAUGAAUGAAUACCUGGAAUCACUUUCUCCACCAAGUAGAAACUCUGUUGGUUCCAGACGUUUGGCUAUGCUCAUGCCCGUUACUAUCUAGGAAUCCAUCUUGUGUCCUUUGCUGCCAGGAAGACAUGCUUGUGUGGCUUAUUCAGAAGUUGCUCCCUGCUCAUCAACCCCUGAGUAUUGCAGCUUUAAGAAUGUGGGAGAAAAGCGUACCAGAUUCAACACCUGUUGAUCGCUGCGGUUUGGCCUGACCCUGAAGUCAUGCAUAUCCUCUUAUGCAUGGUCCUUGUCUGUCUAAAAGGGUCGAAAAAGCCAGGUUUGGUUUGGAAAAUGAAGCCUAGUUCCGUAAAAUAAUCCUACCCCCAGCUCCUUUUCACAUAAGAAGUCACCUUCCUCUGCAGUUCGCAGUGAGGAUUUCCAUUGUGUUUCAUUACAGAGGUGUCCUUGAAAGACAGUGGGGAAAUAACUGUUAUGUGCUGCCAAAGCUUUGUUUCCUCCGUACUGUUUUGCGUCUUCUCAUUAAUUAUUAAAGUGAACAACACUGGCUUGAAGGCUUGCUAUGUACCUUGGCAGCUCUGUUUUUCCCUCCCCGACCCUGCACAGGAUCUGUUAGGCCUGGGUUAGUUGCCUUCUGAGAAGCAGACACUCAAAUAGUAGGUUGCAGGUACCUGCAUCUUAUUUGAGCAGAAACAUUGGAUACCCGUUAAUUAAAUCCUUUAAUUGGGUAACAGGGCUGUGAGAGGUUUAUGCUUUCUCUUUUUGCUUUGAAGCCCUUUCCUCAGGACUUCCAUAAAACAGCACCUUCUAAAUGAUUUGCUGUGGACCUGGCAAACUCCUGGCAUCAGGUAGGAAAGCAGGUUAAUCACCUGCCCUAGGUCCUUGCUGAUGACGGGGAAUGCACGUCGCAAAUUUUGGUCAACACGAAUAAUCGGACCAACCACAAAAAGGCCAGUGAAACUCUAGGAAGAGCUUUGUUCACCUGCUUGACAUCUGCAACAGUUUUAAUCAUGGAAUUACUUUACCAUGGACGGUUAAGUGCUCUCUAGUAUGUUUGGUAAGAUAAGCAAGUGUUAGUAAUACAAGGUCUUGAGUGCAGGAUAAUCCCUUCUGUGAAAUUCUGGCUGAGACAGGGGGCAAGAAACUGCCAUUUUAGGUGUGCAGCCGGUUCUUUGGAAUAGGGAAAAGCAAAGCAGGUUGAUUUUAAUUCAUUUUAAAUUUGAUGGUUCUGGGAAUUGUAAGUAUGAAGUGGCAUAUCCCCAGAAGCCAUCUUGGAUCGGGUACAGGUCGAUAUCUUCAUUAAUGGCUUAGAGGAUGGAAUCUAGUGCGUGCUUUGGGGACAGCACCCGAAUAGGGACCCAUGGAGCGUUGGAUUGGUUCAGAAGGGCCAGAAAUGUGAGAAGAGGUUGGCGAUCAGUUGUCUUUUGUUCAGGGAGGACAGAACAGCAAGUGUUAGGCAUAAAUCGCAACAAAGGAGAUUUGGGGGGAGUGGAGGGAGAGAAGGGGCUGUGGUCAGCACUGGCAAAAUCUCCAUCACUAGGAAUUUUUAAAUUCAGGUUAGACAAACACUUGUCCAGGAUAGUUUAGAUGGGGAUAAUCCUACCUUGACCAAGUGGGUUGGGUUUAGAUGACUUUCUAAGGUCCCUUCUGAGCGUGACUCACUGAACUUAAAAAAACAUUUGAGUACGUCAGGGCUGUCCAACUGGUAGCCCGGGGGCCGCUUGUAGCCCACACGGGGUUAGGUUGUGGCCCUGGGCUCCCACCUAGCUUCAACAGCAGCCUGAGUCUCCCUGCUGCCCUUCAUCCUCUGGUGUCUGCAUUCUGCCCCCACCCCAGGGGUUGAUGCAAUAUGCAUGGCGCACUGCGGGGUGCUCCAGGUGAGGCCAGGGCUGUACAGCUAUGGGUGGAAGGGCAUGUCCAUGUGGCUCCAUUAUGCUGGUGGGCAUUACACUGGGCAUCCAUGCAGCGUGUAGCCUGUGGUCCUCACUGGUGCAGGCUGAAACGCAUGCAGCCCUCGGUUGCUGGGUAGGACAGCCCCAGAGUAUGUUAACAACGCAUAUUAUUUGGGUCACUUUUUAAAGUGCUACUGUGGUGGGAUCCUUCAUAAACAGCUUACUGUACAGCUUACUGUACUCCGAUUUACGACACAAUUGGUUCCUGA